UGAGAGGAGCGCAUGUGGGACGACUGAGCCAGAAACAAACAAACAACCAAUGCCGCUUGCAAAUACGUUUUGGUUGCGAGCCCUAGCCUCUGGCCCUCCCGCUCCCCCAACCCUCCCCACUCGGCCCCCAACCCCACUCCCCUCCCCCCCCAACAGCGACAAGGCCACCCCCGCUGACAUCACGAAGGCGCUGCUGCAUGCAGCAUACCUGCGGAAGGCCGUUGUAGAGCUACAUCACCAGCACCAACACGACCACCACCAGCAGCAGGGACAGCAGCAUCAAGAGCAGCAGCACCGACAAGCUGCGGGCUGCUGUGCCCCUGCUCAAGCUGACCCGGACGCGCGUCUCGCAGCAGCCAGCAGCGUACCUUCAUCAUCAGCCGACCUCUCCCUCAGUAGAGGAACGGGUAGCGGCAGCAGCGGCCGUAGCGCAUGUAGCAACAGCAACAGCAGCAGUAAAAGCAAAAGCAGCAGAGGCAAGAGCUCUAGCAGUAGAGACAAAAGGUUGGGGACAGGAGGAGGCGAGGCGACGACGACGGAGGGGACGGGGACGGGGGCGGCAAUGCAACCACUGCAGUUGCCGAUUCCGUUACCCAACGAAGUUCGUUGGGAGCGGUUGGACGAGCAAACGUGGAGCGAGCUGAUCGCAAGGAGUCGGCAUGAGGCGGCGACGCAGCUACCGCUGCUGCUGGAGCAGGCUCACAAGGCUGGUUGGAAGCUCAAGCCCUUCAUGCUGAGUACCUCCGAGCGGGUUCAGUUCGUACGGCUGUGAAUGAGGAUUGUACGGCUGUGAAUGAGGACUGUACGGCUGUGAAUGAGGAUUGUACGGCUGUGAAUGAGGACUGUACGGCUGUGAAUGAGGACUGUACGGCUGCGAAUGAGGAUUGUACGGCUGUGAAUGCUUAAUGGACACCUGCGGUACCCAGGAGUGUGGUUCCAUCUGCCGGAAUCCAAGAAGAUAGGUGUUGGGUCUCUGACGGGGCUGCUGUGGAGGAUCAGGGUCGGGCUGGGGUUCAACCGAGGACAGUGACGCUACUGACCGUGACAGUGACAGUGACCAUGAUAGUAACCUUGACCGUCGGAAGAUUGGAAGGUUAAUGACAAGGAUGAAGCGGAAGAAGAUGACAGUAGAAGAAGGUAUAGAUCGCGCCCAAGUUCUUCCAGGCAUCGUAGGCUUGGCUGGGAGAAACCUGCAUGCUGUUCAGUAGGGGAUUGUGAAAAACGGUUGGAUGCUGUUAAGUAGGGAUGGGGGGGUGUCGGUAGGAGGCGCUGUGGCAAGUGUGCACUUGCACGGCGUCUUUUAGGGUAGUCACUAGGACGUUAAGAAGGUUUCUUCACGCGUACCGCAUUCGGGAGGCAGUGCAGGCGUCAGGCCUUGGGCGUGAAUGAAGUACACAUUCGGAUUGUAAGCGGAUUGCGUUAUGCGGGUGUUGCGAUGACGACGUACGUAGCCGCAGGGAGGACUGAUGAUGGGCGUGCUUUUGGAGCUGAGACUCGGUUUCGAUUGGUGGGACAGUGGAACGACGGGAUGAAGCGCGCGAGUCGUGCGGCAUUAUGAGUACGUCUAGUUGGGGGGUACCCCUGCUGUGGGGGUAAAGAGGAAACUGUUAAGCUGUACGACA